GCCGGCUGUCGCAUUACUCAGAUCCAUUUAUUGUGUGGUGGAAUUAUUCCUCUUUUAUCUGCGUUGGAGAUGGCCAUGGCUAAAAAUGCUGAUAAAAUUGGUCUCAGGUAAGUAAUUCUUAACCCCUUCGCUUCCAAAAGAACUGAUUAUCAAAAGCAUGAAUCGCUCUAAAAGUCAAAGCACUGCUAAAAAGGUUAUAUUAUGGCUUCCUGUCAAAUUUCGUAUUGAUUUUAAAAUACUUCUUUUUACUUUUAAAGCUAUCUACGGUCAUGCACCUGGUUACUUGAUCAAUUUGAUUGCUAUCAAAGAACAGCCGCGCUAUAAUCUCCGUUCAGCUAGCGGUCUUAUCUUAAAGUAUCCUAGUUUAAAACUGAAAAAGACUUUAGGGGAUCGUGCUUUUUCAUCUGCUGCCCCUAAUUUAUGGAACAAUCUGCCCCUUCACAUCCGUCUUGAGGACAAUUUGAACGUUUUAAAUCUUUACUAAAAACGACUAGCUUUUGAUAUGUAAUUUUUUUUAGCUACUAUGUAAUAUAUUUAGUGUUUUUUUUUUUUUUCAAAUUUUUAGCGUUGUUUAUUCUUAGCCUUAAUUAUUUUGCUCAUUUUAGUUUUUAUUUUCUUUUAACAUUUACGUGUUGUCACGCGCUUUUGAUCAUAUUUGCAUGGAAAAGGCGCGUUAUAAAUUUUUAAUUAUUAUUAUUAUUAUUAUUAUUAUUAUUAUUAUUAUUAUUAUUAUUAUUAUUAUUAUUAUAAUUAUAAUAAUAAUAUUUGAAUGGUCAUACAAUGUAUUCACAGUAUAUUUUAGCGGUUGAUAUUUUAUUCGUCUGGCGACUUCGGUUCCCGAGGCGUCAGUUUUGGUCAUGUCAUUGUGUUUGCUUCUUGUCGCCGAGUAGUUUUUCUUUUUCCUUUUUGUUGCAGCAAGGAAAGUCGAUCUCUGAGAGUAGUACGCGUUGAGCUAGAUAACGGUCAGCGACUGGUAGGUUUGCGUUACCCAGAGCAACUCAUACCGGAAGCUACGUUGUUUCUGAAGGAGCAAAAGUUGCUCGACGCCGUUAUAGUAAGUAAAUAUUUAUUUGUAUAAAGGAAAGUGUAAAAAAUUCUCGUCACACACAAAAAUGUUUCCUUUUGGCCAAGCACUCAUGUUAAAGAACAAUUUCCCGACCAGUCCUUAAUUUUAGCAGCUUUGAACGAUUUGAUAACCGCACUCAGUCAUCAUCAAGAACUCUUCUUAACCCUUAAGUCCCAAGAGUGACCAACAUUAAUUUUCUCCUAACAAUAUAAACUACCCGCCUACCCCUCCCCUAAGUCAACAUUAACACGUACUUCUCACUUAGGGCAAAAUGUUGGCUUAGGGGAGGGGUAGGUGGGCAGUUUCCUAGAAGCGUAUAAUGAUCCACAAUAUCAAUACGUAACCAAGAGAAAAGGUUAUAACAAUUAAUAAAAUGUCACCAUAAGUUGAUCUUUUGUCAAAUUCUCUGUUCUAAUUCUUUAAAGAUAUACAUGGAGAACAGUCUGGAGAUUUUAUUUGUCUGUGGAUAUUGGGUCUUCAUAGCACACACCAGAGAAUAAGUUUUAUUUUUAAAACAUCGCAACAUGAUCUUGUUACUUAACUGAUAUUUAUUUCAAAUUUUUAAUAACCUGCGAGUUCAGCCUCCUGUCAUUGCCCCCGUUUCUGGGGACGUUAGCAAGAGUCUGGUUGAAAUUUUUGUCAUUCUUUGCUACUGCUUCCAGGCUUCAACUUCGAACCUUGUUAGGUAUUGUUUUGAUUUAAACGAUUAUCUGUUUUUUUUCCCUUUAUUUUCUAGGACAAACAAAAUGGUGUUUUGAGUUCAACAGAACCUUCUAAACAGCCAUCAAAGGCCAGCCGAGCGUAUGAGGAACCGGAAACGCCCAUCAACCAAAGGACGUUAACUAAGGCUACUACCCCUCCUGUAACUAUAAAGAAUUUCUUUAAACCGAAGACUGUUGAACGAUCGCCUGAGAGUAAUAAAAGUACAUCAGAAGAUCAGGAUGUUAAGGAAAAGAGCGGGGAAAAUAACUGCAAUGAGAUCGAAAAUCAAGAAAUCGAGAAAAACGUCAAAAACAGGACGGAUGACAAACAAGCAACGACUAAAGUAAGUAAGAAGGAAGUCAAAUCAAUUUACUUUAGAUCGAAGGGAAGAGAAGAGGAAGAGCUCCCGGAAAAUAAAGGAGCUUUCAAAGGUGCUGCUAAGUGUAAUGGUCUUGUGCGCCACCUUUCGGAGCCUCUUUCGAAAGAGGACAUUCAAGGAAAGAACUCUUUGAAACGAACUAGUUCUGAAGCGUCGUCAAGGGCGAUUAAGCGACAGAAGCAAUCGAGCAUUUUGUCUUCGUUUGGGAAAAGGACUGACAAAGAUUCUAAGGACCAAAUGGAGAAGGAAAUUCUCUGCCCUGUUUGUGGGGAGAAAUUUGCGAGCGGCUUGAAGAAUUCUGAUAUCAACGAACACAUCGAUAAUUGUCUUAUUAAAUCAUAA